AUGCAGACAACAACAAGGAACACUACCUAUGAAACUAAUACAUCCGACGACGUCUUUUCAUCCUACAAUGGACUCUUUAUUACCAAGGAGAAAUCAUUAUCAACUCGAUGCAUCGAUUGCCCCACCGUACAAAAGACAAAGACGCGAUCCCAACUAGAAAACAAAGAACACCACCAUGACGACAAGGAUGAUACAUGUACCAAGGAGGAAGAAGACGAGUUAUUACCUUGUCGAUUAUCAAGCUCGGAAGCCAAGUUUACUUUUUGGAAGGACAUCAUGAUUGCAAUUUGGGCUACGACUCCGUGA